GGGCUUCCUAUUACAUUAGCACUUGUAGGUGCAAUGCUUAAAUGGUACAUAUGUGAUGGUUUUUGUUAGUUUUCUGAUAUAGCAUUAACAUAUUGUUAACUUUUUUACACCUUUGCAGAUGGCUAGUAGCUUCAGGAGUGACAAUGACUCUUCAUUCAAUAUUGAUGAAUUCUUGCACUUAGGAAUGAUGUGUACUGAGCUGAAGAGAGAGAAGGACAUGCUAAGAGAAUCCCAAUCCCAAAGCACUGAACUGAUCAAAAGGCUAGAAUUUGAUAUAAAGUCACUAUUGGAAGCUCGCUUAGAAGACAGAAAAUACAUUCAGGAGUUGGAAACCGAAGUUAGGCACUAUUCUGUGAACAUGGGACACUUGCAUGAUCAACUGAACCUGAGGACUGUAGAAGCAAAUUGUUUGGGUGAGCAUGUGCACAGCCUUGAGAUGAAGCUAGCAGAGUUUGGAAACUUAAAUGACAAAGUGAAAAAGCUGAGGGAGGAGCUGGAGAAAUCUGAAUCUGAGCGCAUGUUCUUGAUGCAAGAAUUGGAGAACAGAGAAGGGGAGUUGCAUGAUUCAAGAUUGUAUAUUGAGAAACUGGAUGAGUCAAUUUCAUCUAUGGCAUUGGAAUACCAGUGUGAAAUAGAGAGCACGAAGCUUGAUCUGAUCACCUUGGAGCAGAGGUCCUUUGAGGCAAAGAAAUUUCAUGAAGCAACUGACCAAGAAAAAUCUCAGGUGGAUGAGUUAAUGGAAGAGUUUGAAGUCCAGUUUCAGAAUGCCCAGAAAAUGAUUGAAUGUUUGGAGAAGGAGAACAAAGAUUUGAAAGAGAAGCUAGGAGUAACAGAGAGGAAUGCUCAAAUAUUUUGUCAAAAGGUUGGAGAACGCCUUGGAAAAUGGCUGGAAAACAAGAAGAGAUCUAGACACGGUAUUCAAUCUUCUGGGAGUAAGCUGGAGAAUCUAUUUUCUGCAUCAGAAGAUAUGAGCACUUGUGAGGAAGUUUUGGGCCCACUCCUCUCAAAAAUGGCUGUUGUAGCUGCUUUAGAUGAAGAUUUAAAGGAGGAGAUGGAGAAGAUGUCACAUCAGAUCCAUGAAUAUGAGCUUAUUGUGGAGCAGCUCAAGGAAGAACUGAAGGAAGAGAAAUUCAAGGCAAAGGAAGAGGCAGAAGACCUAACCCAGGAAAUGGCCGAGUUGAGGUACCAAAUUAUGGACAUGCUUGAACAAGAGUGCAAACGCCGUGCUUUCAUUGAACAAGUAUCCCUACGAAGAAUAGCUGAGUUAGAGGAACAGGUUCGCAAAGAACAGAGAAAGUCUUCUAUUGCCACCAGUCAACUUCGUGAAAUGCAGAAAUUAGCUGAAUCAAGAUCCAUGGAGGUUUAUGGUGUAGAAAAUGUUUGGGAGGGACUAAGCAUAUAUCCACAGAGAGACGAAGUGUGCAGCUGCGGGAACUGCCCAAUCUCAAGAAAUAUUUCUGUUUCUUGUCAAACAGAAGAGCCUGUUAAAGCCGAGCCUUCUGAAUUGGAUUCAACUGAUGAUUACACAAUCUCUAGAGCAGCCAUGACAUGGCAUUCAAAUGACAAUGAACUAUUACAGAGAGAGAGAAAUUCCAAAAACCCAGUCAUUGAAACAGAAAUUUUGAUUGAUGCAAUAUGAAUGAAAUUCUGAAAAAAGCAUCUGUCAUGUUGUAGCUGU